GGCUCUGCCUCCAUCCGCCGCUGGGGCCGGGCCGCCAUGGACGACCUGGGGGACUCUGGCUCCCCUUCUUUCCUGCUUCGCCCCCGUAUAGUGGUGUUUGAUGCCCUGCUGGCUGAUCUGGAGACCACCACCUCUCACAUUUCCAAGCGCCCAGUACUGCUCACGGACUCUGGGGCAGCCCACGCUAACGGGCUGGGGCAGGAUGGGAUGCCUGAGGCCAGGCCCCCUCCUCCACCCUACAACCCUCAGCAGCAGGCCAUGUCCAUGGACCCUCUGCCUGUCUCUGCCCCGCCCAGCGGGGGCGAUAAAGAGCAUCUCUACAGCACUGUCUGCAAGCCCCGCUCGCCCCGGCCCAAGGAGCCAGCCGCGCCACCCUUCUCCUCGUCCAGCGGGGUGCUGGGUGCCGGCCUCUGUGAGCUGGACCGGCUGCUGCAGGAGCUCAACGCCACACAGUUCAACAUAACAGACGAAAUCAUGUCCCAGUUCCCAUCCAACAAGGGCCCUGAUGGGGAGAAGCGGAAGGAGAAACCAGAGGAUGCCGGGGAAGGGGGGUCCCCAAGCCACUCGGCUGGCUCCACCCCCCCUCCUGUGAAGCCAUCAGCCACAUCUGCUACCCUGGAGCUGGACAAACUCAUGGCCUCAUUGUCGGACUUCAGAGUCCAGAGCAACCUCCCAGGGGUCUCGGCCGCGCCACCCCCGGCCCCCGCCCGAGUCUCCCUGGUGCAGCAGCCGGUGAUGUCAUCCGUCUGCCCCAGCCCCUCUGGCCGCCCCCCCCCAGGAGCACCGGCCCCGCAGGGUGGCAACUUGGACAGCAUGCUGGUGAUGCUGCAGUCGGACCUGAGCCGCCAGGGGAUCUCCACCAGCACCAAGGGGCUGUGUGCCUCCUGCCAGAAACCCAUCGCUGGGCAGGUGGUGACGGCGCUGGGCAACACCUGGCACCCCGAGCACUUCGUCUGCACCCACUGCCAGAAGGAGAUGGGGGGCAGCAACUUCUUUGAGAAGGAUGGCGCCCCCUACUGUGAGAGGGACUACUUCCAGCUUUUCUCGCCCCGCUGCGGCCUCUGCAAUGAGCCCAUCCUGGAUAAAAUGGUGACAGCUCUGGACAAGAACUGGCACCCGGAGCAUUUCUGCUGUGUGAAGUGCGGGAGGCCCUUCGGGGAGGAAGGCUUCCAUGAGAAGGACGGCCAGCAGUACUGCCGCCAGGACUUCUACGAGCUCUUCUCCACGCGCUGCCAGGGCUGUGGCCAGGCCAUCCUGGAGAACUACAUCUCGGCCCUCAGCGCUCUCUGGCACCCUGAGUGCUUUGUCUGCAGGGAGUGCUACGCGCCGUUCCUGCAGGGCAGUUUUUUCGAGCAUGACGGGCGGCCCUUCUGCGAGACACACUACCACAAGCAGCGGGGCUCGCUGUGCUGGGGCUGCGAGAAGCCCAUCGCCGGGCGCUGCAUCACCGCCAUGGCCCGCAAGUUCCACCCCGAGCACUUCGUCUGCGCCUUCUGCCUCAAGCAGCUCAACAAGGGCACCUUCAAGGAGCAGAACGACAAGCCCUACUGCCACCCCUGCUUCCUCAAGCUCUUCGGCUGAGCCCCGCCCUUCUCCAGGCAGGCCCCGCCCCUGGGCCCAGCCACACCCCAGCAGGCCCCUCCCCCUGUCCUAGCCACACCCCCAACAGGGCCCGGCCCCUGGCCCAGACACACCCCAUCAUACCCCGCCUCCUGGCCCAGCCACACCCCAGCAGGCCCCGCCCCUGGCCCAGCCAUGUUGGGCAAGCCACGCCCCACCCCACAGCCAUGCUUCAGCAGGCCAUGCCCUGGGCACAUUCACGCCCCGGCAGGGGGCACCCCACAGCAAGGCCACGCCCCGGCAGGCCCCUGAGCUGGCAUAGCCACGCCCACCGUCUCUGAGUGGGGGAUGGAAAGGCCAUGGUCCCCAGCACAGGCAUGUCAAUCAUUGCCAAAGGCUGGGUAAGCCACGUCUCCCAAGACACCCUGAGAAGCACCGCCUCUUUCAGAGCCACACCACAACCGGCAGGGGCCAGCACAUCUGCCAUUCCUCCCAUGCUGCUGAUAGGUCUUGCCCCCCACAAGCCACCUGGAGGCCCCGCCCCCAUGCUAAGCAGAAUUCGAACCCCAGGCCCACAGGGGAUGGGCACUGGCCAUGGAUCACCUUGUCCAACAAGAAGGCAUGGUCAUUGGGGGCAGAGAGGAAGGGCCACCAGGCUAAGGCCUGCCUUCAAUGGGGUGUGCUGUCUGGGCUAAGCCCCAGCCCCUGGGCACAGCAAAGUAGGGGGAACGUGGCUUAUUUUUUCCCAAAACUCACGUUGAAAUGUCAUAGGAUCACAAAUUGUCUUCAGCUCUGGG